AUGAUUUCUUCUCGUUUCGGGAUAUGCCAGUCAGCUAUUACAAAAUGUAUAAAACAGCAUGCUUUGGCGUAUCACAAGAAUGUCAUAGAUCAUUAUGAGAACCCUCGUAAUGUAGGCUCAUUCGAUAAGAAAGACAUGUCUGUCGGUACUGGUUUGGUUGGUGCACCGGCCUGUGGAGAUGUUAUGAAGCUCCAAAUAAAGGUGGAUGAAAAUGGGAAAAUAAUAGAUGCAAAGUUUAAAACAUUUGGUUGUGGUUCCGCAAUUGCAUCCAGUUCACUGGCAACUGAAUGGGUUAAAGGCAAAACAAUUGAUGAAGCUGCAAAAAUAAAAAAUAGUGAUAUUGCCAAAGAACUAAAACUUCCACCUGUCAAAUUGCACUGUUCUAUGCUUGCCGAAGAUGCUAUCCAGGCUGCUAUUAAAGAUUACAAGAAAAAGUCUACUUGA